AGAAAAACUCAUUUUAAGUUACAGAUAAAAUACAAUAUCAAAUCGGUGAAUUGCCCAGCCGAGGAGGGGCCCGCAUACGAAAAUAUUAUGCAACGUAGUUUUUGGUAGCUGAGGAAGAUUCGAAGUGGAGUCGAAACGUUCUACAUUGCGAGAAGAAAAUAAAUUGUUUAAACUUGCACAUCAACAACCGCGAUAUACUUUUAUUAGCACGUAUAUUUCCAAUUUAUUAAGACACAAUACAUUCUAUUUUUUUAAAUAUUACAUCUAGUAUCGUUUCUAUAACUUACAUGUGCUAAUUCUGGAUAACUUAUUCAUUGUGUAAAAUUGUAUUUUUGAUAUCGAUUAUAAUUAAUACAAACGUUAUAAUGUGAUUCUUAGUUACACGUACAGCGAAGUCAUGUUGGGAAAUUAUACUCUCAUAAGUGAAUCAAAAGGAAACAGUAAAGUAACUCAUGAUAUAAAUCGUCGAUCAAAAGUUCGGAUUAAAUGACUAUGAUGUUAAAUGAAUGCGCACAUUCGGUUCCGAUCAUCACAUGAACACGGUUGCUCUCAGAUAUAAGAUAAACGAAUAAUACUAGUUAAACGGUGAUAUUUUGUUAUAAACAAAAGUAGAUACAAAAAAUCAAUAUGGUGCAAUUAUCUAUCAUGAAUUGCUUACAACAGGUAUCUUAUUCCUGGACAAAAGAGAUCGAUCUACGAGUAAUCGAUUUACCAUUAGUUGCUUCUUCCUAUAAAGUACCACUUAUAAUAUUUAUAUAUCUGUACUUUGUGCUCGGCUGUGGUCCUAAAUUUAUGAAGAACAAGCCGCCAUACGAAUUAAAAACGUUUAUGUACUUAUAUAAUAUUACUCAAAUUUUUGCAAAUACAUGGUUAAUUUACGAUAUAAUUGAGGCUGGUUUGUUUUCGAGCAAGUUAAUAUGUCCUUCCAUUGAUUUUUCUUAUGAUUAUAUGCCAAUGAGGCUUACAAGAAGUAUAUGGUAUUAUUUUCUGUUAAAAAUAUGGGAUCUUGUCGAAACAGGCAUAUUUGUAUUAAGGAAGAAAAGUAACCAGGUAUCUGGUUUGCAUUUGUAUCAUCACGUCUCUACGUUAAGUCUGACGUGGAUCUGUAUGAGAUAUUACGCUAUUGCCCCCGUAUUGAUAGUCUGCAUAACCAACAACUUAAUACAUGUGACAAUGUAUAUAUACUAUUUCUUAACGACUUGUGGACCGACCGUUCAAAAAACUGCUGCAUUUAUAAAACAAUGGAUAACUACAGUACAAAUGAUUCAAUUCGUCGUGCUAAUGAUGUAUGUAAUACAUCCAUUCAUAGUUGGCUGCAAAGUCGGGACUGAUUGUACUAAAUGGAUGAUGAUGAUAGCCAUUAUAGAUAUAGCAAUAAAUUUCUUCAAUUUCCAUAAUUUCUAUCAAUCGUCAUACAAGAAAAAUAAAAAAUCUUAGUACAUUAUAAAAUAUAAA